AUGGCGCGAGCUGGCAAGUGCUUCGAGUGCGUCCUGCAGGGGGAAGUUAACGUCAAGCACUUCCCUUCAUUCGUCGAGCGUUUAAGUGGGCUCUGCGACGAGAGCGUGGUCAAGGAGGACAUUGCAUACAAGGAGUACGUUUACAACUUCGACGACAAAUGUCCGCAGUACAUCCACGGCGUCCCACACUACGAGGUCCGCGCACGUCAUGUAUUCUCUGGCUCUACAACAUUCCAGGGCGAAGCUGUCGAGAUGCCGUCCGACGGAGGGCAGAAGUGGGAAUUGCGAUACAUCGGGAGAUGGGAGCGCAAGAAGAUGUCGGAGCACGUUGGCAGCGCUCCGCUGGGUGUUCCGUUCCGCAGCCAGAUCGCUGUGUCUGUCGGUCAGAACGUGCGCUCGUUCCUCCGCACGCUUGGGUUUCGCCACAGCUACAGAUACAUGCGUCUAGGAACGCGAUGGCAGUUCCCGAACGGCAUAACAAUUGAAGCUACACGCAUGAAGGCGUUGAAAAAAGAAGAUGAGAAAGACGAAUACCGUCUCGUGGACCUGGAGAACCUCCGCGUUGAAGCUUUACUUGUCGAGAUCUUCGCACUCACGACGGACGAGAAGAUCGACGAGGCCUCUCAGAAGAUCCGCCGCUUUGCAGUCGACCUGGACCCGUACUUUAUUGAACGUCCAUCUGAAGGCAAGGAGAUCUUACACAGUACAGCCACACUGGCAGCUGAGCGUCGCAAGCGCCCGCGUCAGUAA